AUAACAAUCGUAUUGCGCGUGCCGUUGGUGCUACGAUUGUUAAUCGAGUUGAUGAUCUAAGAGAAUCAGAUGUGGGCACAGGAUGUGGUUUAUUUAAAAUAGAAAAGAUUGGUGAUGAAUACUUCACCUUCCUUACAAAAUGUAAAAACCCCAAAGCAUGCACAAUUCUUCUCCGAGGCCCAUCUAAAGACAUUCUAAAUGAGGUAGAACGCAACCUUCAAGAUGCGAUGAAUGUUGCCAGGAAUGUAUUCUUUAAUCCAUUUUUAGCACCAGGAGGUGGUGCUACCGAGAUGGCAGUUAGCGUUAAAUUAUCGGAAAAAGCAAAAACUUUGGAAGGAAUAGAGCAAUGGCCAUAUCGAGCUGUUGCCGAGGCACUGGAAGUUAUACCGAGAACUUUGAUACAGAAUUGUGGUGCUAAUGCCAUUAAAGUAUUGACACAAUUGAGGGCAAAACAUGCAACAGGAAAUCACUCGUGGGGUAUUGAUGGUCUUAAUGGCACAGUGGUUGAUAUGCACGAAUAUGGUAUUUGGGAACCAAAUGCCGUAAAAGUACAAACAAUAAAAACGGCAAUUGAGAGCGCUUCGUUACUUUUACGAGUGGACGACAUUGUAAGCGCGACAAGUAAAAAACGUGCUGGUGCGCCUGCGCAAGCAGGUCCAGCAGAAGUGGGUGAAGGUGAAGCUGAGGCUGGAGAGCGAUAG